AUGACGAGCAAGGUCCAGCGAGCUGCGACCUCCCGUGCGUCUAGCACUUUGGACGCUACUCUCGACAAAACGAGAGCAGCAGCAGCAUUUAAGUGCCUGAGCUGCAGCAGAAAUGUCACUUCUCGGUCUAAAGCGCUGCAGUGCGGUCUGUGCGAAGGAUGGGCCCACACAACGUGCAGCGGCAUUGAGCACGAUCUUUAUGAAUGCCUGAAAAGAACGGCAUCUUCCGCGCUAACAUUCCACUGUGACAAAUGCCGACUUAUUGUUAACGAUAAGUCCCUUCUGGCGAAUCUGACUUGGGCGAAAAAGACAGAUAAUAACGCCGCAUUGGUGACGCCCGUACUACCGCCCGUGACUCCUCCAUGCAUCCAUACUGUGCGCAAUCGAAGCCGCUCCUCCUCCGCUUCAUCAGCGGACACACCAAUGCAUAGUUCACAAGACAACCGAAAAAAGCCAUCUGUCGGCACUCCAACUGCAACUGCGACCUACGCAGCCGUGGCCAGCGCUGGCGCCGCAAAACCACCCGGCUGGGUCCAGGCCCCUAAAAAGAAAAGUUGUAAGGCGGUAAACAACAACAAAUCGAAAUCACCGUCUACAGUGUCACAACUAAAGUCUGUGCUAAACAAGGUAACGCGAUUUGAGAAAUUGCUAGCCGAGCAACCGGCCUUACCGAAACCGGUGAAGCCAAGCGAUAGCAAGUCACCACGGGGACGGCUAUGCAACGUCAUGAUUUUCCACGCACCUGAGUCGACUGAUCCCAGUCCCCAGGUACGCUAUGACCAUGAUGUGCAAUUCUUGCAGUCUCUAACCGACAAACUACUGGAUGUUGGCAAACCCGGGUUAUGA